GCAGCCGCCUGCGCCCCGAGCGAGCGGAGCGCGGCCAUGCCCGGGCCCUAGCGCGCUGCCGCAGCCCGCGCCCGCCGCCGCCUCUUCAAUGGGCAACCUGCUCGGCGGGGUCAGCUUCCGCGAGCCCACCACCGUGGAGGACUGCGACUCCACCUGGCAGACCGAUUCGGAGCCCGAGCCCGAGCAGCCGGGGCCGGCAGGCGGUGGCGAGGGCCAGCAGCACGACGAGCCAGAGCAGCCCAAGCAACCUCCCGAGAGAGCCGGAGGGCGGCCCCGCGCCAGCCCCGUGCCCGAGGACCACGCCGAGGCGGCGGGCGCGGAGCAGGGCGGCGAGUCCACGGAAGGAAAUGCCAAACCAAAGAGAAGCUUCUAUGCCGCGAGGGAUCUGUACAAGUACCGGCAUCAGUACCCACAGAACUUCAAAGAUAUCCGAUAUCAAAAUGACUUGAGCAACCUUCGCUUUUAUAAGAACAAAAUUCCAUUUAAGCCAGAUGGUGUUUACAUUGAAGAGGUUCUAAAUAAGUGGAAAGGGGACUACGAAAAGCUGGAGCACAACCACACUUACAUCCAAUGGCUUUUCCCCCUGAGAGAACAAGGCUUGAACUUUUAUGCUAAAGAAUUAACCACAUAUGAAAUUGAGGAAUUCAAGAAAACAAAGGAAGCAAUCAGAAGAUUCCUCUUGGCUUAUAAAAUGAUGCUAGAGUUUUUUGGAAUAAAGCUGAUUGAUAAGACUGGAAAUGUUGCCCGGGCUGGAAACUGGCAAGAAAGAUUUCAACAUCUUAAUGAGUCUCAGCACAACUAUUUAAGAAUUACUCGAAUUCUUAAAAGCCUUGGCGAGCUUGGAUACGAGAGUUUUAAAUCUCCUCUGGUAAAGUUCAUUCUUCACGAGGCUCUAGUGGAGAAUACUAUUCCCAAUAUCAAGCAGAGUGCUCUGGAGUACUUUGUUUAUACAAUUAGAGACAGGAGAGAGAGGAGAAAGCUCCUGCGAUUUGCCCAGAAACAUUACACACCGUCAGAGAAUUUCAUCUGGGGGCCACCUAAGAAAGAACAGCCAGAGCGAAGCAAAGCCCAGAAAACCCCGACUCAGCCCGCGUCGGGCUCCAAUGGCCAAACGUCUACACACAAGAAAUCCAAGGACUCCAAAAUUUCCUCAGGAGCUAGUCACGUAAACAGCAAAUCAGUGGAAGAAAAAAAGGGGGCAUCAAGAGAGCCUGGGGAGGAGGCGGACAAGCCGAGCCCAGAGCCUGACAGUGGAGAUCCCAAGCCAAGAAACACAGAGAAAGACAGUGCUGCUGACCAAUCUGAUUCUCCACCCGAGCAAACAGUUACUGAUACCGCAGGAAAAGGGGAAUGUCCAACUUCUUCUGAAAAAGAUGGAGAAGGGGAAGAGCAGAGCCAAGACUCUGAAAAUCCUGAAAAUGCCGGUUGUCAUGCUGAGGUAGUGACACAGCAAAAUGUCACAAACCCACAAACCAGUUCUGGUUAAAGAAGU